AUGGCCGAUACAGGUGCUAAGAAUGUGCAGAGCCCCAUCGCGCUCAGCCAGCGAUCCACGGCGAUCAAAGAUGGCGUCCAACCGCUCGAUUUGUUUGGCCAUUGGGAUGGCUUGGGCAAGGCGAAGAUGGUGAACACCGGCUCGUCGGUGAUGAUAACGUUUAGCGAUCGUCCCUUCCGGCCGUUCAUCGUCGGUGGAGUCCUGAACAACAAGUACAUCUUUGAGCAGCUCCACUUCCACUGGGGCAUCGGAGACGGCUCUGGCUGCGAACACACGCUAGAGGGCAGCACCUACUCGAUGGAGGCGCACGCCGUCCAUUUCAACGCCAAGUACGGCAGCUUCGCGGAAGCGGUCGAUAAGCCGGACGGCUUGGCCGUGUUGGGUUUCUUCGUGCAGGCGUACGGAGACCAGGACUGUCCGGCGUUCGAUAAGAUUGUCGCCGGUUUGCGCCACAUUCACAGCCCCAACGCGCUCACGGACAUCGAUGCGGACUGUCUCAAGUGGAUGGGUAUGCAGGACCUGAACCGACACUACUACUCGUACAAAGGAUCGCUCACCACGCCGCCGUACUUCGAGAGUGUGACCUGGUUGGUGUACAAGACGCCGAUCUACGUUUCCAGCGCGCAACUGGCGGCUUUUCGGGAGUUGCGCGCCUGCCCGAAGGAUAGCAGCAAGAAGAUCGUGAACAACUAUCGCCCGGUGCAGGUGCCCAAAUAUGAACCUGAGGUAGUGUUUGUGCGAAACAAUCACCCGAUUGUUCUGUCGAAACUUUGA